AUCACAUGACUGGAGGCUGGAACAGGCAAAGUUGUGAACGCUAAGUGACUCAAACUCAACACGAAGAAGAAGCUAUUCUCCUUUUGAAACAUGUGGGUUUUUUUUUUCAUGUGUUUUUUCAGAUUGUAUAAAUAACUUUUAAUUUUUUUUAUUGAGAAUGCCACUGGAGUACACAAGUCAGGUGAGUUUAUUAUGUUUCUGAUAGAGAGAAGAAAUGCUACUGCUUAGCCCUCGACUCAAACUAACGUUAUUUGGGAUGCCAGCACGGCGGAGUUACAGACUCCCUGCUCUAUCGGUGCUGACUAGGCGGAUAUUUUUCCGGUGUAACGUUAGAGCUGGAAAUAGACGGUCCCGGUUGAUUGUAUAGUAGGUGAGGUGGCUAAAAAUAUAAUAACAGCACAUUUACAUUUGUAGCUAACAGUUGUAAGAACAUUGUAAAAAAUGUUUAUCAACUCUUACACUGUAAUUUAACUAGAUAGCUUAACUUAACUAUUUAACUUCAUGCUACUAAUACUUGCUAAAUUGUCUUCAUGUAUUUAACACACAUAACAAACAUGAGAUAUGAUAGAAAUAAGUUAAAUAACAUUGCCAGAAAAGUAGCAAGUCAAACAAACAAAACGAAACAACAUCUAGUGUUAUAGAGCCAACCUGGGAUUUAGGAUCAGUCAGGACCACCCACAUGGGGGCUAACACCAUCCCAGUGGCCUGUAGCAUACUCUAGGUAGACGGACGGACGGGCACCAGAACCUCUGGGAUGAUACGGAAGAGCAGCAGUGGUACUGGAGGAGGAGAAGAAGAAGAGAAUAAUACAAAACACCAACAGAACAAACCGCAUUGUUCCAGCAUCACCUCCAACAUGGGCCGGAGCUCCAGGACCACCAACCCACUGGGGAGUAUGGGGCUUGGGUCCAACAGUUUGGGUCUGGGGUCCACCGUGGUAGGAGCGCCUGGGGUAGAUCCGGACUAUGUGAUGCAGCUGGUGAAUGACGUACGGAGGUUUUCAGAUAUGCUGCUCAGCCUUAAAGAAGCAUUCCAUUCUGAAGAAAGCCACGAGAGACUCCCUCAGCGGGUACAGGAGCGGUUGAGCGAGCUGCUCCGUGUUCUCAAGUCUGUCAUCGGCAAACACCAGACCCUCAACUCUGUAGACAUCCUCAGGGCUGCCGGCACCGUCAUCACUAAGGUCAAAGGCAUUAACUUCACGGAAGUGAACCCGGAAAAGAAAAAGGUUAUAUUCGGCGAGAUAUACACGUCCAUUGACAGUUUGGCAUUCACAUUUGGCAAUGUAGUGUCUGACUUCCUUAUGGGGGAUGUGGACAGCCAAUCAGGGUUGGGGAUCCCCCAGACCAGAAGAAGCAGGUCUUUUGAGAACCUCUCUGUGGAUUCUGGGGGGUAUGUUCCAGAGAAGAAAGGCCUUGUGGGCCCAGAGGUGGCGUUGUCUAAAGAGGAGGAGGUUGCCGUGAUCCUGCAGAAGAAUGACAGCGGGGUGGAGUCAGCUCUGCUCUAUGCCAAGGCCUGGUCCAAGUACACCAAGGAUCUGCUGGCCUGGGUCGACAAACGCCUGGGACUGGACAUUGAAUGUGCCAAAAGUUAUGCCAAAAUGGCAGAAUCUGCAAAGACGCUCGCGAGUCAACAGGACUACAUGCCGUUCAGAGAUAUCUAUAUUUCUACGUUUAAGAAUGACAUUGAGUACAGCCAACUCCUCCUGCAGACUGCCACUGCCCUGCAGACCAACAAAUUCAUACAGCCGCUGUUGUCCAGAAAGACUGAGCUGGACAGACUGAGGAAAGACCUCAAGGAGCAGUGGCAGAGAGAACAGAAGAAAAUGCAAGAGUCCGAGGCGGCUCUGCGUAAGGCUCGGUGGACCCAGGUCCAGAGGAGAGACGAGUACCACAAGGCCCAGUCCUCAGCCAGCCGCUCCCAGGAGGAACAGUCCAAACAGCUGGACAAGAAGAGGAAACUGGAAGAGGAGGCUCUUCAGAAGGCUGAGGAUGCCAGAGACCAGUACAGAUCCUGUGUAACUGAUGCAGGGGCCAGGAGGGCAGAGCUGGCCAGCACCAAGACAGACAUCCUCACUCAGAUCAGAGAACUGGUGACUCAGUGUGACCUCACACUCAAAGCUGUGACAGUCAAUUGGCUCCAGCUGCAGCAGGCCCAGACCGUGCCUCUCCCUGGCCACUACCAGGCCCUGUGUGAAAACGCGAAGAUGUACGAGCCUGGACAGAGAUACGCAGAGUUUGUCAGAAAUCUUCCCAAAGAUCAGAUACACAUGGAGUCCUUCUCCGUUGAUGAACGGUUUCCUGUGUUCAGCAAGCGUUCAACGGGCAGCACCAGUUCCCAUAGUAACCUGUCCCAGGUGUCCCUCAUCUCCGGUGACGUCCUGAGUGGCGACGAGGUGGAUAGUCCUCUGGGGUCACGACCUGGGGAAGGGUCCAACAGCGCCACAGACAUACAAGGUCUGAGAGGGGGACAGGGCCCGUUGAGAGCCUGGGCAUCAGGUGUCCAGGACAGGGGGAUGUGUAGUGACUCAGAGAGUGCUGGAGGCAGCAGUGAGUCCCAAUCCAUGGACUCUCCUACAGCGAGCCCAGGUGACUUUAAACGCAGACUACCCAGAACCCCCUCCACUGGCACUAUGUCCUCGGCAGACGACCUCGAUGAGAGACAGCCACCUUCACCCUCAGACAAUGGUCUGGGUGAGAUGGUGACAGAGACAGCCAGUUCCCCAGGUCCGUUUCGUAACGCCCAGAUGUCCAAGGCGUCUCAGACACACAAGCUGAGGAAACUCAGAGCUCCGUCUAAAUGCAGGGAGUGUGACAGUCUGGUGGUGUUCCACGGAGCAGAAUGUGAAGAGUGCUCCCUGGCGUGUCAUAAGAAGUGUCUGGAGACUCUGGCCAUCCAGUGUGGUCAUAAGAAACUGCAGGGAAGACUACAGCUGUUUGGGAUAGACUUUACCCAGGCAGCGAAGAACAGCCCAGAUGGGAUCCCCUUCAUCAUCAGGAAGUGUACCUCUGAGAUCGAGAACAGAGCGCUCAACCUCAAGGGAAUCUACCGUGUGAACGGGGCUAAGUCUCGUGUGGAGAAGCUGUGUCAGGCGUUUGAGAACGGCAAAGACCUGGUAGAGCUCUCUGACCUCUCACCCCACGACAUCGCCAACGUGCUCAAACUCUACUUGAGACAGUUACCAGAGCCGUUGAUCCUGUACCGCUACUAUAAUGACUUCAUCGGAUUGGCCAAGGAGAGCCAGAGGGUCAUCAUCGAAGAGAAGGCUGUAGCCAGGGUCCUCCAGGAACAUGGGCGGCCAGGGGGUGAACAACCCCGACCAGGAGGCACCCAGUCAGGGGUAGAGGGAGAGCAGCCUCCCCUGACGACCAGACAACCUGGAGGAGGAGAGCUGCCCAAACAGCCCAGUAUCAAACUCAACAGAGUCAUCUUUAAGAUUAGAGACCUGUUACGACAGCUUCCUCCUGCACACUACAGGACCCUCCGCUUCCUCACGGCACACCUACAUAGGGUGACGGAGCAGGCAGAGGAGAACAAGAUGACAGCCAGUAAUCUGGGCAUUAUCUUUGGCCCUACGCUGGUCAAACCCCGACAGACUGACGCAGAGGUCUCCCUGUCUUCUCUGGUUGACUACCCCUACCAGGCUCUGAUGGUGGAGCUGCUGGUACGUCACUUCCAGGUCAUCUUUGACUUGUCCAGCCCCUCUUCCUACCCCCCCACCACCACCUCCACGGUGGGCCAGUCCUCCCCCCGACUCACCUCUCAGGAGAAGGAGCAGAGACUCAGCCCCUCCUCCUACCCCCCCACCACCACCUCCACGGUGGGCCAGUCCUCCCCCCGACUCACGCCUCAGGAAAAGGAGCAGAGACUCAGCCGCCACUCCACCUCCCUGCUCGACAUGAAGGAGAGUGCCAAAGUCGACAAGAGGCACUCGUCAGUCAUCCAGUCCUCUCAAACCCUGGAUGAUGUGAGAGAGGUGAAGACAGACAGGACAGGACCAGACAGGAGAGAGUUAACAGCCGGCUCCUCCUCCUCUGCUGCUGGCUCCUCCUCCUCUGCUGCUGGCUCUGCCUCGGUCCAGAGAUCUACCCUGGUGUUUGGCCGUCCCAGCCUCAACCUCUCCUCCUCUGCUACGGCCCAGAAGGUCCAGCUCCGGCCCCAGCGCGCUAGAAUCCUGUCUCGACCAAUCAGCAUGCCCCUGGAGCGCUUGCCCCUCCCCACCCCCUCACAGGUGCUCGACAGAAACAGCCGUAACAACAACGCUGCCAUCACGUUGGAUCCCACCGCUAACACCAUCGUGGAGUCAGCCGAGCCGGAGAAGCCUCGGAUUGGUGGGGGGUCAAGGGUCAGUACCUAUUACAUCGACACCCAGCAGGCCGUGCAGCGGAGGCCCUGGGACAGGAAGUACAAACACUACGACGUCACGCCACGCACCGCCAUGAUCAUGGCUAACUUACCGCCGGCCGGUACUAGCCCUGGCCCAAAACCGGGGAAACAGCCGACGAUGCCGACACAACUGUCCGUGUCUGGGACAACCAGCUCUGCUCUCCCAUCCAGUAGUGGUUUCAGCACUAUAUUCCCCAGCAACCCAUACACAGUGUUGUUGAAGGCUAGCCAGGCGUCCACAAGAGACAGAGAGGAGACUAAGGAUAGGCCUAACUCUGCUGCUGGAGGUGGUGGGGAGACCAGAACAUCUACCAACUCCCCCAUAAAGUUCAGACAACCAAGGAUUCUGCAGCCUCCACCCGGAACCUUCUAUAAGCCGUCUGGUUAUUCAGGCGCCAGAGGCUGGCCAUCAUUAAGUACCUCUGGGACCACUAGCCUCACCAAAAUGUCCCCAACUUCUCCUACUGGUAAAGCCUCUUCCCAGACUUCUCCUACUGGUAAAGCCUCUUCCCAGACUUCUCCUACUGGUAAGGCCUCUUCCCAGACUUCUCCUACUGUUAAAACCUUCUCACCAACCUCCCCUACUGUUAAAACCUUCUCACCAACCUCCCCUACUGUUAAAACCUUCUCACCAACCUCCCCUACUGUUAAAACCUUCCCAACCUCCCCUACUGUUAAAACCUUCCCAUCCUCCCCUACUGUUAAAAACUUCCCAACCUCCCCUACUGUCACUGCUCCUCUCCCCCUCUCUUCCUCCCAAUCCUCCAGCAUGACUUUCUCCUCUUCUCCUAUGGUUACCACCACCACCACCCCAUCCCCUACUGCCACUUACAUCCUUCAAACCCCACACCUUCCCACACACACUCUACAGGACUCUGUGGACAGCUCUGUUAGUGUUGACCCCGAGGUCACGACCUCCGCUGACCUUUCCCCCCGCCAGUCCCCUCCCCCCAGCAGCCCAGAGGACCCCAGCCCGCCCGAGGUCGUCCCGCUGCAACAAAGACUGAGACCCCGGCCCAGACCCGGCGCUCGCCUGCAGGAGUUAGAACACAGAGAGGCCCAUUUUGUCUGAACUGCAAAAGUAGACUUCAGUAGUCUGAUAUCAUCACACACAGACAGGGCCACUUCCUGCUUACAAAAAGACUACUGGUAUGUCUUUAAGAAUAGGGAGGGCAUCGCUUGGGAAGAACCAAUGGUGGAACUGUUGGGAGAUAUUUGGGAGAACGUUGCUGUUGACGUCUGUAAGCAGGAAGUUGUCCCCACUGUAUGAUGAUGUCAUAUUGCUGUCUACCUUUGAAGCCAGAUAUAUUUUGUCUGUGUGUGUGUACAGUGUGUGUGUGUGUGUGUACAGUGUGUGCAGUGUGUGUGUGUGUACAGUGUGUGUGUGUGUACAGUGUGUGUGUAUGUACAGUGUGUGUGUGUGUGUGUGUACAGUGUGUGUACAGUGUGUGUGUGUGUAACUAUGUUGUUACGGUGUAUCUCUGUACCAUAUUAUAUAUUGGGGGAACAGUACUAUUAUAUUGACGCCAAGACAAGAUGUGUGAAAGGAACACACUGAAAGUGUUACAUUAGACGUGUUUAAUAUAUUCUAUGUUUACAGUCCUCACAAACAGAAGCAUAAUCUGUGAACAGUCGCUCCCUAGACAUUUGGAACAAGCAUUUAGGCUGGUAUUCAAUCUAUUGCAGAUACAGGAUUUCCAGAUAGCAGCGGACAAACUUUUAUACCAAAGGUUAAUUUUCACAUGUAGCUGUCCAUUUCUGUGUGUAAGUGUCAACUCCAUCCAUUUAUUUGCUGCUAUGCAAAUAAAAUGCACUUCUCAAACCGCUAUCCAGAAACCCACUAUCUCCAAUUAAUACAUCUGAUGUCCUGGUCAAUACUGCCUGUUACAUCUGAUGUCCUGGUCAACACUGACUGUUACAUCUGAUGUCCUGGUCAACACUGAACUGUUACAUCUGAUGUCCUGGUCAAUACUGAACUGUUACAUCUGAUGUCCUGGUCAACACUGAACUGUUACAUCUGAUGUCCUGGUCAACACUGCCUGUUUUUGUUACAAAUUGGUUCUACCUGCCAUUACUGCCAGGUCAUCUAUAGAUGCUAUCUGCCAUUACUGCCAUGUAAUCAAUAUAUUCUACCUGCCAUUACUGCCAUGUCAUCAAUAUAUUCUACCUGCCAUCAAUAGAUUCUACCUGCCAUCAAUAGAUUCUACCUGCCAUUACUGCCAUGUAAUCAAUAGAUUCUACCUGCCAUUACUGCCAUGCCAUCAAUAGAUUCUACCCGCCAUUACUGCCAUGUCAUCAAUAGAUUCUACCUGCCAUGUCAUCAAUAGAUUCUACCUGCCAUUACUGCCAUGUCAUCAAUAGAUUCUACCUGCCAUUACUGCCAUGUAAUCAAUAGAUUCUACCUGCCAUUACUGCCAUGUAAUCAAUAGAUUCUACCUGCCAUCAAUAGAUUCUACCUGCCAUCAAUAGAUUCUACCCGCCAUUACUGCCAUGUCAUCAAUAGAUUCUACCUGCCAUUACUGCCAUGUCAUCAAUAUAUUCUACCUGUCAUCAUUAGAUUGUACCUGCCAUUACUGCCAUGUCAUCAAUAGAUUCUACCUGCCAUUACUGCCAUGUCAUCAAUAUAUUCUACCUGCCAUUACUGCCAUGUAAUCAAUAUAUUCUACCUGUCAUCAUUAGAUUGUACCUGCCAUUACUGCCAUGUCAUCAAUAGAUUCUACCUGCCAUUACUGCCAUGUCAUCAAUAGAUUCUACCUGCCAUUACUGCCAUGCCAUCAAUAGAUUCUACCCGCCAUUACUGCCAUGUCAUCAAUAGAUUCUACCUGCCAUGUCAUCAAUAGAUUCUACCUGCCAUUACUGCCAUGUCAUCAAUAGAUUCUACCUGCCAUUACUGCCAUGUAAUCAAUAGAUUCUACCUGCCAUUACUGCCAUGUAAUCAAUAGAUUCUACCUGCCAUCAAUAGAUUCUACCUGCCAUCAAUAGAUUCUACCCGCCAUUACUGCCAUGUCAUCAAUAGAUUCUACCUGCCAUUACUGCCAUGUCAUCAAUAGAUUCUACCCGCCAUUACUGCCAUGUCAUCAAUAGAUUCUACCUGCCAUUACUGCCAUGUCAUCAAUAGAUUCUACCCGCCAUUACUGCCAUGUCAUCAAUAGAUUCUACCUGCCAUUACUGCCAUGUCAUCAAUAGAUUCUACCUGCCAUUACUGCCAUGUAAUCAAAGAUUCUACCUGCCAUUACUGCCAUGUCAUCAAUAGAUUCUACCUGCCAUUACUGCCAUGUCAUCAAUAGAUUCUACCUGCCAUUACUGCCAUGUCAUCAAUAGAUUCUACCUGCCAUUACUGCCAUGUCAUCAAUAGAUUCUACCUGCCAUUACUGCCAUGUCAUCAAUAGAUUCUACCUGCCAUUACUGCCAUGUCAUCAAUAGAUUCUACCUGCCAUUACUGCCAUGUCAUCAAUAGAUUCUAUCUGCCAUUACUGCCAUGUCAUCAAUAGAUUCUGUCUGCCAUUACUGCCAUGUAAUCAAUAGAUUCUACCUGUCAUCAAUAGAUUCUACCUGCCAUUACUGCCAUGUCAUCAAUAGAUUCUACCUGCCAUUACUGCCAUGUCAUCAAUAGAUUCUACCUGUCAUUACUGCCAUGUCAUCAAUAGAUUCUACCUGCCAUUACUGCCAUGUCAUCAAUAGAUUCUACCUGCCAUUACUGCCAUGAAUGAAGUUACCCUUCUCAAAUAUAUCAUAGCAUCAAGUCCUUGUCGUAAUGUUACAGAGAAGCAUUUUAUUUGUUUUGUUGGGAGUUAAAAUACCUGUAUUAUAUGUUAGUUUUUACUUGUACAUUUACACAGCACAUGAAAUGUUCUAUGUUGUUCCUGUAUCGUAUGUCAUGUGAUUUGAUUCUAGCUACAUUAAUUAAUUAAGCACUUACUUAAUUCAGGUCCAACGUUUUUAUGUUUUCCAAACUUUUAAACAUGUCUGUCAUCGCAAUACAUUCCACAGAGAAGAGAUGGAAGCAUUUUAUAAAGUGAGACCAAAAAAAAAAGUUUCAACAUUUACAAAAAAAUAUAUAAUAAUAAUAAUAAUUCACCCAUAUUCCUGUUCAGAUUAUAAUAAUCUAAAUCGUAUGUAUCUAUAUCUGUUUUUUUUUUAUAUGUGACAUAUAAACUGCAAGGUUUUGUUUCAGUAAAUUGUUUGUAACUACAAAAAAAGACAAAAUGCAAAAAAUGUCUUGCAUUAAAUUAAAGUAUAGUUGACAGUU